AUGGCCGCUUUCGCGACAGACAGCUAUGUCUCCUGGGACGACUUCCUCAGGAUCCGCAGCUCGCAAGAUGAACAGCUCGUAAGCCAGUUAACUAAGAUCAGGCAGGAUUCCAACCAGGCUACACAGCGACUCGACCAGAUUGCGCAGCGACUCAACCGGCUCCAGGGCGAAUUUAACACUCGAUUCGACCAUCUCGAACUCGAAAAUAAGCGCUCACAAGCCCGCUUCUACAACUAUACGCUGAAGAAUCCUGCUCUGCGCAUCGCACCCAUUCCCACCUACCAUCCAACCCAAGGCAUCCUCGAGCCGGACCCGACCCUAUUUCCCCGCCACGCCAAAGAUUUCUACGCUCUUCGGAGCCCAUCAAACGCCCGGCAUCGGAACAUGCUGUCGUAUCUCGUUAUUUUCUAUGACAUUCAGCUCUUUGCCCCCGACGAAGACGAGGACGAGGAUGGAGACGAGGCACGACCGGAGGACGUCGAUUCCGAGGCAACCGUCGACAGGAGAGCCGUCGAACUGUUGGAAACCAUCCUUGGCUUGAACGAGGACAAUUUCAUCAGAUUUAGGGAGAGAGCCGCGGAGCUGCGCGUCCGUCCCGCGCCAUCCGCCGUCAAGCGUUCACAGCCACUGGCACAAAGGGGGGAGGAGGCAGAAACUCGCCGACCAAUCCUCGAGCUGCGCCCGCAUGUGCCAGCCCAGCACGAGAGCUCCUCGGAAAUGUCAGACAAAGCCCAGAUGGGCUGGAGGGUUGGGACGCGGUCAACCCCGCCGUCACAACGCGUGACGGUCAAUAAUCUGCAGGCUGCGGUCGCUGCGGCGGCGCGCGCAGGGCAACCCGCAGGAGUACCCGCAGAACCACCACGGCCAGGCAGCGGCGGCUCGGACUCAACCAGACCUUUCACAACCCCCCAGAAACGCUAG